GCUUAAAAUAUAAUACUGGUUGUAUUCUGACAUUGACAUACGAGAAGAAAAUGUAAAAUUAUAGUGAGAUAAAUAAUGUAAAAUAUAUAUACAUAUACAAUUUAAAAAAAAUGGCUUGCGAAGUGUGUCAGCAUUGCAACACAGCGGUGAAGUCGGGGGACGGAGCUGUGCAUCACGGCAGAAGCUACCACAGGAAGUGCUACAAGUGUUACGUGUGCAGUGAGACGAAUCUACGCAACGCGGAGCUUUUCAAAGGGGUUAUAUUCUGCAAGAACUGCUCUCAGCGAAUAUUCGAGGAUUUGUCGACGACGAGGAAGAGGGCGAGGCCCAAGAGAAACAGAAACGAGAACAGAGUGCUGGAGAUGGCGCAGAAUAUAACCAGCAGCUCGGAAAAAUCGAUGGAAGCCAGCAAACUACCCUCAAGACGGAGCACGCCUAUGAAUAUUAGGACCAUAAAUACUGACAACAAAGUAAAUUUGAAGAAAAGUAGCAACGAGCGAGGAACUACGACACUGGUUACCGGAGAACUCUUGAGAAACCUACAAUUGCCUGAAAGGUUUGAUACGGACGCACGAAGCAAGCCAACAAAAAAACAGAAACGCUACAAAUAUAAAAAGUCUAAAAAGCCCUGCAGCGACCUCAGGAUAGCAGAGCUGGGGAAGUCUACGGAGAUAGCGCAAAUGAUUUUAAGAAAAUCGGCCAUACCCGUCGUCAUAAAAUCGGAUUCGCCGGAAAUGAAUUUCAUCGCCAAAAGAUCUAAGAGUUUGUGCUUAACCGACGGUUCAGAAACGUCCGCUGAACUGCCUCUAAGCAGUUUUGAUUCAGGAAACUCCAAGACGCUAAAACCCCACUGGAUGGACAGACGGCUUCGGAGCUUUAUUAAGCUCCCAUAUAUAAGUUUCAAGAAGAAGAUACUAGCGAAAAGUUCUCUAGUAAGCGCUGUUAUGAGCCACGAGAAGACGAAGCCGAGGACUAAAGAAACUGUUCUCGACGAUAAAUAAAAGGAAAACACAGCAUAAGUUGGGCUGGUUGGAGAAGAAGAAAAUUAAAAACGGUGUAGAGAACAGGAACAACAGCUCAGAAUCAAAGUCGUCUGAAUCCAAAAGAUGUAAACAUUUCUACAAUUGUCACAGCUAUCGCUGUAUGAGGGCGCGGGUGAUGCAGAGAGCGGGACCCACUGACAGCCAAUUGAGGAUGAUUCGACAGAAAAUAAAGCACUUCAUAUGCCACGAUCUCACGAAGGGGACGCUACGAAGCGGU